ACGAUUCGCAAUUCACGGUUUCUACACGCUAGACGGUCCAAUUUAAGAGCAGGCCAUACCAGUAGAGUAUAUACCGACACGAGCAUUUGUAUCAUGUUCGCACUUACCAGUCAUCCUGCUAUGUGGUUUUGAUGUAGGGUGUUUGCUUUCGGAGCUUUGACACUGACAGCUCUGCUGACAGCAGCUGUCGGCCACAUGAUUCGGUGAGGCAGGGGAAUAUCCGGGAAUAGCCUUGCUGGGGUCCGGUUAUUCCACCAACAUCAUGACACCCCAGGUUUUUCCUCUUGCGAAUGGAGCGCAGUUGGGGUACGAAAUACUAGGAGCCGAUCACCUGAAGAGAGGUGUCCGUCCCAUUGUCCUCAUUAAUGGCAUGUCGGGGCGAUAUGAAGAUUGGGAAACUCUCAGCAUACCCCUCAGUAAAUUGAGACCUGGUGGGCUGUUAAUCUUUUCUAACGGCGUCUGGCUCGCUCUCAUAUGCUGCAUUAGUAUUGGUAUUCGAUCAUCGGUAUGGAUGAUAUGAACAACUUGGUAGCCCACGAAUGCAGACUGGCCUCAUGUAGAGAUUUCGGAGCUUCUAUAGUGAAAACGAGCAA